AUGUCUUUCGAAAACUGGGUGGCAUACACAUACACCCCCUCCAUGGGAGCAGCAGUAUUAUUUAUCAUCCUUUUUGCAAUCAUCACACUUCUACACACAUUUCAUCUCUUCCGCACACGAACAUGGUUCUUCAUCCCCUUGAUGAUAGGCGGAUACUUCGAACUAGUCGGCUACAUCGGCCGCGCCAUGUCCUCAAAAGAAUCCCCGAACUGGACAAUCGGUCCGUACGUCAUGCAAAGCACGCUCCUCCUCGUCGCGCCUGCUCUCUUCGCAGCAAGCAUCUACAUGGAACUUGGCCGGAUCAUCCUCAUGGUGAAAGGCGAGCAUUUCUCUCUUGUGCGCGUUACCUGGAUGACCAAGAUCUUUGUCGCGGGCGACGUACUCAGUUUCCUGAUGCAAGCAUCCGGCGCGGGAAUCAUGGUUUCUGGCUCGGAGAGUUCAAUGAGUACGGGCCAGAAUGUCAUUAUCGGUGGCUUGAUUGUACAGAUUGUCUUUUUUGGAUUCUUCCUAGUCAGCGCGGUCGUUCUCCAACGCCGGGUUGCUGUUCAUCCCUAUGCUGCUGCGGUUGCCAGUGAAUAUCCCUGGAACAAGCAUAUGUGGGCUUUGCACUCGUCCAGUAUUCUUGUGCUGAUUCGGUCUGUUGUUCGUGUUGUUGAGUAUGCCCAGGGGACGUACGGGUAUUUGAUGAGUCAUGAGGCAUUUAUUUAUGUUUUCGAUGGGUUGUUGAUGUUUGCGCUGAUGGCUAUUUUCAUUGCCAUUCACCCCAGUGAGGUGAACUACCACCUCGGAAGGGGACGAGCCAUCACGGCUAUGGGUGGAUUGAAGGUGAAAGACGCUGCGAUGGUUUGA